AUGGAAGGCCUCUGUGCAGCAAACAGCACUUUUGCUGUGGACCUGUUAAGAAAGCUGUGUGAGAAAAAAAGCGGGCAGAAUGUGUUCUUUUCACCAUUUAGUAUUUCUUCUGCUUUGUCUAUGGUUUUGCUGGGUUCCAGAGGUAGCACUGAAGCCCAAAUAAGCAAGGUGCUUUCUCUGAACAAUGCCCGGGAUGCUCACAAUGCGUAUCAAUCCCUUCUCUCUGAAAUUAAUGAUCCAAACACCAAAUACAUCCUGAGAACUGCGAACCGGCUCUAUGGAGAAAAGACCUUUGAGUUUCUUCCAUCGUUUAUAGAGUCCAGUCAGAAGUCCUACCAUGCUGGCCUGGAACAGAUGGACUUUCUGCAUGCUUGGGAGGAUUCCAGGAAACAAAUCAAUGGCUGGGUAGAGGAAAGGACUGAAGGUAAAAUUCAGAACCUGUUGGCAGAGGGGACUCUCGAUUCCCUGACCAGACUUGUGUUGGUGAAUGCCAUCUAUUUCAAAGGCAAUUGGGAAGAGCAGUUCAACAAACAGAGUACCACAGAAAGGCCAUUCCAAAUUAAUAAGAAUGAGAUCAAACCUGUUCAGAUGAUGUUCAAGGAGGCAAAUUUUAACAUGACCUACAUUGGGGAUUUCCAGACCAAAAUCCUUGAACUCCCAUAUGUGAGUAAAGAACUAAGCAUGAUCAUCCUGCUCCCUGAUGCAAUCCAGGAUGGAUCCACAGGCUUGGAAAGACUGGAAAGAGAACUUACAUAUGAGAAGCUAAUAGAUUGGAUCAAUCCUGAAAUGAUGGACUCUACCAAAGUGAGGGUGUCUUUACCCAGAUUUAAACUGGAAGAAGAUUAUGAUCUGAAACCGCUUCUGAGCAGCAUGGGAAUGCCUGAUGCAUUUGAUUUGGGAAAGGCAGACUUCUCAGGAAUCUCAUCUGGCAACCAGCUGGUGCUCUCUGAAGUGGUUCACAAAUCCUUUGUGGAAGUCAAUGAAGAAGGCACUGAAGCAGCUGCUGCCACAGCUGCAGUGAUGAUGAUGCGCUGUGCAAUGAUAGUUCCAGAAUUCACUGCUGAUCAUCCCUUCCUCUUCUUCAUCCGGCACAACAAAACUUCCAGCAUUUUGUUCUGUGGCAGAUUUUGCUGUCCCUAAGGAGGAGAUAGAUGUCUUGGCUGCAUAUGUGCCAUCACAAAAUAAAUUUACAUUUUCCUAGAACAAGGUGAUUCCUUCUGCACUAAUUGUCUCUUUCAGCUGUGCCUGCACUCUCUUCUGUGAUCUUCAUCUUGGGCUUGGCAGGAAUAUCAGAGCUGCUUAGACAAACAGAGCACCUGCCAUGUCCAACCCCUCCUGUGCCUGUGUGCAGGGGUCUCCAGGUUCUUGCUGACACAAGAGCCAUCCCAUUUGCUCUGCGAGUGCUUCUUCUGUGCUUGACUUGACUUUUGGUGUCCACCAGGUAGAGUC